AUGCCUUCACCACCAGGUCCGGGACUCAUCGACGGUGGCGGGGGAGGAGAUUUUGCCAUGCUGGGGGUGGGGCCGAAUCUGAAUACCAUCGCACCACGACAACCACCGGGCACCACCACUGGUCCUCCGCAAUCACAAUCGCAAUCGCAAUCCCGAUCUCGGCCGUGCGACACGUGCAGACUGCGCAAAACACGCUGCGUACGCGACGAGGGUCAGCUCCGAUGUGUCUUGUGCACCUUCCACAAUCAGCCCUGCACCUUCUUGCGCGGGCCGACCCCACGUCGUCGCCAGAACCGAGAUCGUGAGCGCGUCGACGGACAGCGACCUGGCCAGGACGACGACCAACCAAGCCACGGCGACCGGCACCCGAGCCUCGAGUCUGCAGUAAAUGCCGGAUCACCGCCCAACCGACAAGGUGCUGCUACCAUCUACCACGGUCACGCUGGCGCCAACGAUGUCCAGGUAACGUCGCCCGAAGACCGGUCGAGCCGGUCAUCGUCGCAAACACAGCAUCAGACUGUCCCGCCAUCACAGAAUUACUUUGAGGCACCACGCCCCCGUAUAUUGAGCAAUACACUCGGUCUCGAUCUAGGUACUCACGCCCAAUACGUCGGCCGUACCGACUGCCGUGAUCCCAUCCUCCUCGAUCUCCACCGUCCCGAGCCGCCCGCAUCACCCGGUCGGACACCUUCAAGUUUCGCUCGUCGGCUCGAUGACCGGACCAGCUUCAUCGUACAUGCCGAUGAGACGGCAGCCUCAGAGGCCCGGCGCAUCGCCGAUCUCGAUGCCAUAGAGGCCACGGUGCAGCCUCUAGGACGAACACUGGUCGAUCUCUACUUCCGCAUCGUCCACCCGUCAUUCCCUAUUCUACAUAAAGACGUUUUUAUUAGCAAGCACCGAGUGUCGUACCGACACUUUGCACCUUCGCUUCUGGCCGCCGUCUAUCUCCUCGCGCUCGACUGGCAGCUUUAUGACAGUUCACUAGCUGGCAGGGAAAUUGAGACGAUACCGGACCCGGCUUCCCUCGAGGAGCUAGCAGAAAUUACGAUAGCGCAGGAUAUGCGGCGGCCCAAGCUCAGCACGCUCGAGGCCGGACUGCUACUCCUACAGCGCAAUGGACGCAUAGUCGAAUCUGGCGCACAUACGGAUCAGGCGUCGAGCCGCCUCUUCACGGCCCAGCUGGUGGCCAUGGCCCAGGACCUGGGGAUCCACGUUAACUGCAGCUCGUGGUCAAUUCCCGAAUGGGAGAUUGGACUGCGCCGACGCCUAGCAUGGGCACUGUACAUGCAGGACCGGUGGGGCGCAUGCGUGCACGGGAGGCCGUUUCUCAUCCGCGAUGUCGACUGGGAUGUGGAGCCCUGCACGGCAUCAGACUACCCAGAACUGCAGGGAGUCGCAGGCACCGAUUCGGCCAUCACGACGGGCUGGGAGCUCUUCCUGAGACAUAUUGAGCUGGCGCAGCUCCUAAGCGAGGUGAUUGACGGGUUCUACAGCAUGACGGCCACCCGGGCAGGUGGCACGCUGGACCAGAUGGGGAUCGUAGCGGCUGUGGAGAUGGCUAAGCCGCUCGUCUUCCGGCUGCGCGAGUGGCACUCGAACCUGCCCAAGCACCUGCGGCUGGAGAACACAUCGUUCCGGGAGCUCUGCGCCAACGGCGCCCUGCACCUGGCACACGCGUCCGUCGAGAUCACGCUGUAUCGUGCCCUCAUCCGGGCCAUGACACCCGACACGCCCGAGCCGCUGCACGAGGCACUCCGUUCAACGGCCAUCUCCAAGGUCCAGGCCGCCAUCGAUCUUCUGACCAAGCUGCGCCCGGAGCACACGGCUGCCUUCUGGGGAAGCGCCUCGGCCUAUCAGGCUGCGGGGAUCGGCUCGCUGGCCGGCCUGCUCUGGGCAACGGCGGACUCGGCGGACGAAAUGGCGUGGUGCGCUGCGCGUAUAGAAGACCUCCGCUGGGCUCUCAGGGUCAGGGGCACCGCCGUACCCUUUGCGAGGGAGGCUCUUCGUCUGCUCGAGCGAGACCCGGGUGGUCUGGCCAUGGUCAAGGCUAGGACAAGCCCUGUGUAG